AUGAAUUUAAUAGCUUUCCUAUUUUUUUUUGCUGUGCAUUGGUUCCUUAUAUUUCUGGGGUUCCUUCUUAACCUCCUCAUUGUGAUGAUAAACCUUACUUGGUGGCUGAAAGGUAAAGCUCUUCAAUCCAUUGACAUCAUCAUGACCAGUCUGGGGUCGGUGAGGAUUUUACUUCUCUCCAUUUAUCUCUUGGGAACUUUAAUUGACUAUUUUAUUGCUCCGGUUGAAAACUCUGAAAGUCAUUUAUCUCUAAUCAUUGUCGUGAUGUCCGUGGUCUUCUGCAGCCUGUGGUGGGGCACUGUCCUCGGGGUUUUCUACUGUGUGAAGAUCACCACCUACAGAAACCACUUAUUCAUGAGGCUCAAGAUGAACAUCUCAAGCAUGGUGCCCUGGAUGCUUAUUGGGUCCAUGGUCAUUUCUAUGAUCUCCAGUCUGCCAUGUCUGUGGGGAACAUAUUCUGUAAAAUUCACCCACAUUGACAGUGGAAACACCAGCAAUAAUGAUGGAAUGCCAUACUUGAAAAUACAACACCUUAAUCUAAUGCUCAUCACCUUUGCAGGAUCCAUCCUACCGCUCCUCAUAUUCUGUGUUUCCAUUUAUCUGCUCAUUGCCUCAGUCCUAAAACACACAAGAAACAUGAACAGCAACAAUUCUGAAUUUUCUAAGCCCCAAAUGGAAGCCCACAAAAGCGCUCUAAUAACUAUGGUCUCAUUUUUGUUCUUUUAUCUCCUUUAUUUUGUAAACUCUAAUUUGCUUAUAUUAAGUUUACACAUAAAAAAGCCAAUCUUUACCUACCUGUGCUCUGUAGGUGUCUCCUCCUACCCGAGCCUGCACUCGAUAAUACUCAUAGCCAGCAAUGUAAAGCUCAAAAGAUCCAUCAUCUCAGCUCUCCGAGCCAUUCUGACCAUCAUGUUCUCUAUCAGGAUGUGUAAGAAGGAUUCACUUGUGUAA